GCCUAACAGAACAGAGUGAAUUGACACGGAAGUGGUUAAAAUCUGGAGUAAUAUUCUGAUAUCUGUAUGGCUUGAAGUCUUGAAGGCAACGUAGCACUGCUUUCACCACAACUCUGAAGUCACUAGCAUGGGCAUGGCCAUGGAGCAUGCUAAAUAUCAGUUCUUGUUUUCUGCUUGUGCAACCGUGCUACAUCUAAGGAGGAGGGAACUGAAGCUCCUUUCAUCACCAUCUUUCACGUCCAGCACUGGUUCUGCUCCUAUCUCUUCUUUACGGCAAGGUCAUCUCCAAUUGGUCCCAUUUGCAGGCCCUAUAGAACAGGUAUUAUUACCAGCUGAUUCUCAUUCCACUACCCCUGAUGGCACCAGCAAUAAUGGAAACAGAAACAAGGGAAGGAGGAGAAGCAGGAGAAAGAGGAAAGAGCAAACAAAAGAAGAAAAGGAGUCCGUGCCAUCUGCAGAGGAAUUGUCCAUUAGAAUAGGUGCGCCCUAUGAAAGUGGUGACCCUCUUGGGCGGAAGGAGCUGGGCAGGUCUGUGAUGCAAUGGUUAAAGCUGGGAAUGCACUCAAUGGCUUCCACAUUUGCUUCCACUGAAUUGCAGAAUGAUGGAUCAGCGUUUUCAUUGGAUGGGGGAUCAUCUGAAGGCAGCCUGGGGUUUAUGAUUCUGGCACAGCCUUACCUCGUUGCAACUCCCAUGCCCAAGGGACAGGAGGCUCUCUGCCUCAAAGCCUCAACCCACUACCCCACCCUCUUCGACCACUUCCAACGUGAACUCCGUGAUGUCUUGUUGAAACACCAGAACGAGGGCCUUAUUUCUGAUUGGCGCUCUACGCAAUCCUGGAUGCUUCUGAAAAAAUUAGCUAAGUCAUCCCAGCAUCGGGAAGGUGCCCGCAAACCUAAGGCUCCUGCGAUGCACAGUUUUCUUGGCAUAAGCCUUAACAAGACAAAGCUGAUGCAGACCAAAAUUGAAGACUUUGUCAAGAAAAUGUCAGACCUUCUAAACAUUGAGCGAGAUGCAGAGCUGGAAUUCACCCAGGAAGAGUUGAAUGCCACCCCAAUAAUGGAUAGUGAAGAGAAACAGCCACUCAAGCCAGUCGAGUAUUUGGUGAGUCAUGGUCAGGCAGAACAAGAGCAGUGUGACACCGUUUGCAAUUUGAAUGCUAUCAGUACCUCAACUGGCUUGGGAGGCCUACGUUUGGUUCUAUUUAGAGUGGAAGGCACCCAUAAACUGCCUCCAACAACACUGUCUCCUGGGGACAUGGUUUGUGUGAGGACAUGCAAUAACCAGGGCGAGGUUGGUACUUCCCGCGUGCAAGGAUUUGUACAUAAUCUUGGUGAGGAUGGCUGCAGUAUUACUGUUUCUUUGAAAUCCCGCCCUGGCGAUCCUACCUUCUCCAAGUUUUCUGGGAAAAGUGUGCGGAUCGACAGGAUACAAGCGUUGGCUGAUGGACUUACAUACGAGCGCAAUUGUGAAGCACUGAUACUUCUACAGAAGAAAGGCUUACAGAAAACAAAUGCUUCCAUUGGGGUAGUAGCCACUCUGUUUGGGGAUAAGGAAGACACGAUGAUGCUGGAGCAGAAUAAUCUGACUGAUUGGGGUGAGUCAGAAAUACAGGAUAAUGGUUUAUUGGGGAAGUAUAACUAUGACUUUGAUGCCUCGCAGUCACUGGCUAUGACACUAGGCUUGAACAAGAAAAGGCCUGUCCUAAUUAUCCAAGGGCCACCUGGUACAGGCAAGACUGGUUUGCUUAGCUAUCUCAUUGACUGUGCUGUCCGACAGGGUGAACGUGUUCUUGUAACUGCUCCAAGCAAUGCAGCAGUUGAUAACAUGGUGGAGAAGUUGUCAGGUACUAGGCUUAACAUUGUACGAGUUGGAAAUCCUGCUAGGAUAUCUCCAUCCGUUUCGUCAAGGUCUUUGGGAGAGGUUGUGAAGAAGAGGCUUGAGAAGUUCACACAAGAGUUUGAGAGGAAAAAAUCCAACUUAAGAAGGGACUUAAAGCAUUGUAUACAGGAUGAUUCUUUAGCUGCAGGAAUACGUCAACUAUUGAAAAAAAAUGGGAAGAACUUCAGAAAGAAGGAGAAUGAAACAAUCAAGGAGGUACUUUCAAAUGCUGAUGUUGUCCUAUCAACUAAUAUAGGGGCAGCUGAUCCACUUAUAAAGGGAAUUGGUCCUUUUGACCUCGUCAUUAUAGAUGAAGCUGGACAAGCAAUUGAACCCUCAUGCUGGAUCCCUAUACUACAGGGAAAGCGAUGCAUUCUUGCUGGUGAUCAAAAGCAGCUUGCGCCCGUAAUAUUAUCAAGAGAGGCUAUGCAAGGUGGGCUAGGAAUGUCUUUACUGGAGAGGGCUUCAUCAUUGCACGAUGAACUACUGGCUACAAAGUUAACAAUGCAAUACAGAAUGCAUGAAUCGAUAGCCAAUUGGGCGUCAAACGAGAUGUAUUGUGGGUUGCUCAAAUCUUCACCAUCCGUUGCUUCUCGCCUUCUUGUCGAUUAUCCAUCGAUUCAGGAAACUUGGAUAACCCGAUGUGCCUUGCUUUUACUUGACACCCGAAUGCCAUAUGGAAGCCUAAAUAUUGACUGCGAGGAGAAUUUAGACCUCGCUGGUACAGGCUCGUUUUAUAACAGUGGUGAGGCAGAUAUAGUUGCACAACAUGUAGUCAAUCUUGUACUAUGUGGGGUCUCUCCAACUUCCAUUGCUGUUCAAUCACCUUACAUUGCGCAGGUACAACUGUUAAGAGAUAGACUGGAAGAAUAUCCAGAGGCUUCUGGGGUUGAGGUGUCAACCAUAGAUAGCUUCCAGGGAAGGGAGGCAGAUGCGGUCGUCAUAUCAAUGGUUCGGUCGAACUCCAUGGGCGCGGUAGGAUUCCUUGGUGACAACAGGCGCAUGAACGUAGCCAUUACUAGGGCACGGAGGCAUGUCGCACUUGUGUGCGAUAGCUCUACGAUUUGCAACAAUGCUUUCCUGGGCAGGCUGCUUCGCCAUAUCCGUCAGCAUGGCCAAGUAAGGCAUGUUGAACCUGGUUCCUAUGGUGGUGAUUAUGGUCUUGGCUUCAAUCCGCCCUCCUUGCCCUCCAUCAGUUAGUGCUCCGCUCACUUGCCAAGAAAUCCGCAAUGCUUCAGUCCACAUGCAUAUAUGUCGCAGUUCUUGAGUGGCAAAGGCCCGUCUUCUGCAACGGUUCUGAGGCUGGCAGUUUGGGGAAUCUGAGGUGUCUCAAUUGAUUGCCCAGUAUGACUUGUUUGUGCUAAUUAAGCUGCUGAUCAUGCAUCUUUGCAUUCAGCAGCUAAAACUGUUCACUGUCCUGGAUUUCCUGUAAAUAUAAUUUUUUUCAUACUGAAAUAUUCGAUGACCGAGAUAUAUACAGCUACCCAAAUACAGAACUUAAUCUGCACUUUCCAUCGUUUAAACUUGUAUUUCUGUAAUCAUUGUAAUUUAAUUACGAUGUUGCAGCAGGGAUAAAAAAGUUACACAGGUGCGAUCUGUAUUUUGUUA